AUGGAAGAAAAAUCUCAAGCUGGUGAUGUGAAGAAUCCCCCAGAGAUGGAGGAAAAGGUGGUUGGCCAAAGCCAGCCUAUCAAAACAGAGGAAGAAGCAGCUAAAGAAAAGGACCCAUCUUCUUCCCAUGAUCUGCCCAACAACAGCAACAGCACCAGAAAGAUCAUGCCGACUCAGCUUACCAUCUUCUACGCUGGGAGUGUUAGCGUCUUUGAUGCGGUUACUGCAGAAAAGGUUCGGGAACUUAUGCUUAUCGCAGCAGCUGAUGCUGCAAAUAAGACUGCUGAUGUUAAGAAUGGUGGGACAAGCGGUCCACCAAGUCCACUAGUUUGUACAGGGUCAUCUUCGCUGCAAAACUCUGCUCCUGGUUCACCAGUGGUCCAGCCCUACCCUGAUCAGAAGAGUUCCAUUUGCAAACUGCAAGCUGAAUUUCCCAUAGCAAGGAGACACUCUCUUCAGCGCUUCCUGGAGAAGCGACGGGACAGGUUGGUCAGCAAGAAUCCAUAUCCUACUUCACCCGCAACACAGGUGGAUGACGAUGCUAAAAUUAACCUCAGCAAUAAUGCCUCUCCUGGUUUGGGUUGCUUCAAACAAUCUUCCAUGGUGAAGGAGGAAAUACAACCAAGUUCUGCUACUGCCUACCCAGCAUGA